AUGGAGGUAGAACGAGCAAACUCCUCACCUUUCACCGUUGAAAUCGAGCAGGCUACUCUCCCGAAACGAUUCUCAACAACCUCUUUCACAUGCUUCAAAGGGGAUUCCAAUCUCGGAAGCCAUCUGAAGCAUUUCAAGAGCCUUAUGAUCCUCUACAAAGUCGAAGAAGUGCUAAUGUGCAAGGUGUUUGCAAUGAAUUUGCGGGGAGCAGCCCAGGACUGGUUCCAUACCCUGCCAUCUGGGUCAAUCAGCAGCUUCAAGGAACUUGCUUAUGUCUUCACCAAAGAGUACACUUCUUAUCGAAAGAUCAAGAAGAACCCUAACCACCUGUACAACCUGCGCAAGAAGCCCGAUGAAUCACUUCAAGAUUACAUCAAGAGAUUCAAAGCAAAAAAUGCCAACAUCAUAGGGUGCGAUGACCCAAUCACAUCUUCUGCAUUCAAGAAAGGUCUUCCAGCAGAACACGACUUAUACCACGAGCUGACUAUCACUCCCAACCAAACUCUGGCAGAGGUCAUCGUGACCGCCGAACUCUACGCACUCUGGGAUGACGAUCGAAUCGCCGCGAAGAAGUCCACUGAGCAAGAAGCCCAAGUGAAGGACAAACCUUGGGUAAAAAAACCAUCACCCUUGAAAGGAGAUCCAGAUAAGAGGGAUACUAGAAAAUAUUGUGCUUUCCAUGUGACAUACGGGUACAAUACGAAUAAUUACUUUGCUUGGAAAGCACACCUCAAAGAACUCGUGAGAGAAGGUCACUACACCGAGUUCAUUGCGAAGCAGGCCAUCCAACGGAUUGAAGACUGUGAUACUGCCAAGGAGCCACCCCAGAAGGUCAUAAAGAUUAACACAAUCUUAGCCGACUUCUAG